UUCAGGUUUGGGAGUGCUGUUAGCUUGCUUGUGAAGCGCAGGGUUCCAAUCGUUCUUUCUUCAGGUUCUUCUAAUCCAGAAACUACUUCCAAGGACAAAGCUGAUAGAAGCAGCUCAGGUGUUGCAAAGAGCCCUCCACUCCUCACCAUCUUGGCAGCAUUGGAAAGCUGCCUCAAGAUCCUAAAAGGUCCAAAGGGCGGCAAAGGAUCGUGCUUCUGCAAAGAGGUUGUUGUCUAGUACUUGUAAGAAAAUGAGGUUAUUAUCUAAGACUUGUGAGAAAAUGAGAAAUAAAGGAUAUGCCCUUUUUUAUAUAUUUAUUGUCCAAUUAUAAGAUAAAAUUACGCUUGUAAUGAAUCAAAGGCUAUUAUAUUAAUCAUGGAUGAUAACUCA